AUGGCUACGCUUAGUCCAACAAUAAAUAAUUUAUUGGAUCAAACCUCAUUGCGUUGGAUAUUUGUGGGUGGCAAAGGUGGCGUUGGGAAGACGACAUGCAGCUGUUGCCUUGCAGUGGAACUGUCUAAAGUUCGCGAUCGCGUUCUUAUAAUCAGUACUGACCCAGCACACAACCUUUCUGAUGCUUUCGAUCAGAAAUUCUCAAAAUCUCCUACACUUAUUAAUGGUUUCACAAAUCUUUACGCAAUGGAAAUUGAUCCUAACAUGAGUGUGGAGGAACUUGAAGAAGAUGUUGCAGGGAUAGAUGAGGCGACGCGCUCCGCCGACCUCCGACGAACAUUGGCUAGUGUUAUGAAUUCUAUCCCCGGUAUUGAUGAGUACAUGUCAUACAUCGAAGUCUUCCGUCUUGUGCGUAGCAUGGACUACUCUGUGGUUGUAUUUGACACAGCCCCAACUGGCCACACUCUACGCUUGCUCGCCUUCCCUGAGCUCAUGGAAAAUGGAAUGAACAAAUUAGUCAGACUUAAAAACUCAAUUGCACCAUUACUUAACCAAAUGAUGUCGUUUAUUGGUGUUGGUGGUGGCGUGGGAGGUAUGAUGGGUCCAGAAGACUUCUCGCAAGCCAUUGAAAGUCGUUUACCGGUCGUUCGAGAGAUUACGCAGCAGUUCAAAGACCCAAACCAAACCACCUUCGUCUGUGUCUGUAUCGCCGAGUUUCUGAGCAUGUACGAAACUGAACGGCUUGUCCAGGCUUUGGCGGAGCAAGAAAUUGACAUCCACAAUAUUAUCGUCAAUCAGUUGCUGUUUCCAAAUUUAGAGACAAGUGGUGACGGAAAUCGAGGUGAUUUAAAAUCAGCAAAACUGCCAACAGAUUGUGGAAUGUGCAAAGCCAGACAUCGGAUCCAAGCCAAGUAUUUAGAGCAAAUCCUUGAGCUCUAUGACGACAUGCACGUCAUCCAACUUCCUCAGCUCGAUGAAGAAGUCCGCGGAGCGGAUAAAGUUCGCGCUUUCUCACAGUACCUCCUUCACCCCUACACGCGACCCCGUAGGGUCUGA